AUGGUGGACCCCAGCGGAGAGGGGAGCAUCAUGGUGGACCCCAGCGGAGAGGGGGGCAUCAUGGAGGACUCCAGCGGAGAGGGGGGCAUCAUGGAGGACCCCAGCGGAGAGGGGGGCAUCAUGGAGGACCCCAGCGGAGAGGGGGGCAUCAUGGAGGACCCCAGCGGAGAGGGGGGCAUCAUGGAGGACCCCAGCGGAGAGGGGGCAUCAUGGAGGACCCCAGCGGAGAGGGGGGCAUCAUGGAGGACCCCAGCGGAGAGGGGGGCAUCAUGGUGGACCCCAGCGGAGAGGGGGGCAUCAUGGAGGACCCCAGCGGAGAGGAGAACAUAUGGUGUCGACGUGAGAAACAAAGAGGCAGAGGUCCUAACCCGGCCACCAUCGUAG